ACCUCAGGUUUAGCAGCCAUGAAGACUCUGCAAGGGCUGAUGGUGGUGGUGGUGGCAGUGGUGGUGGUGGUGGCGCAUGGCGUGGUGUCAGAUUUUUGCUCACCAGACUGCACCGGACACAGUUUCCUGGACCAAGUGGCAGACCCUAAUAACUGCACCUACUACUAUGUGUGUUUAGAUGACGGCAUCCCGUCGGACCACUCUGUACCCUGCGAUGAAGGGAAAUACUUCAAUGAAACUCAGGGAGGUUGUGUUGAAGAAACGACUCCAUGUGAGAAUACAUGCGGCAGUGGUGGUGGUGGUGAGCCCUUAGACUGCAAGCUGACCUGUAAAUUUGAUGCCGGUAGUGGUCAGCUGGAGUACAUAUCAGAUAUUGAUUGUUCCAAGUACCAUGUCUGUUUCGCUGGGUCAGUUCAGGGUCCCUUCACGUGUCCUCCUGAACACAGCUUUUUCGAUGGCAGUAAAUGUGGAGACGACGAUGCGAACUGUUGCCAUAGGAUAUGUAAGCCGUACUGUACCACCGAUGACUUGGGCAAAGUCGUCCCUGAUCCCAAUGACUGCCACCGAUUCUAUUUGUGCAUUGAGGGUGAUGCAGUUCCUGAUGAGAUAUAUGGGUUUGACUGUCCGGUCGGCAAGAAUUUCAACCUCCAGCUAGGGGAGUGUACCAGCGAUGCGGAGUGUGUGAAAAUCUGCAACAGCAACUCGUCCAACACCACCACCCCGCCCUCCUCCACCUGCAACGAGUCCCUCACCUGCACAGAAACGGGUUUCUUCCCAGUCUGCCCAUACUGCGACCCGCGCUAUCUGAACUGCCCCAGUGCCGGAGUCGAGGCCACCCUCAACACCUGCCCUGGUAGCUUGGUGUUCCAUCCCACCCAGCAUUACUGUAUCAAGCCAGAAAACUGCUCCCCUAGUGUUGUUUCUGCUGUGGUGCCCUGACCUUGCCUGACCUGACCCUGCCUGACCUGACCUGGCCUAACCUGACCUAACUUUGCUGUAUUUUAUCUUAUUUAACCUAACCUAACCUAACCUUACUCUGCUUCACCCAAUACAUAAUGUGGACAUAUCAA